AUGUUAAACACAAUUAGAAUUGUUAUUCGUGAGGAAUUGACUGAUAUCCGUACUUCAGUUGCUAGAAUUGAUGAAAACAUUGCUAAUCAACAACAGUUUAUAAGACAGACUUUUAACGCAGACGGAACUAGUAACGUUCAUAGAGAUGUUGUCAAACAAUCUGCAAUCGAAAGACGAAUGACAUACCUAGUAAGUCAUCCUGAUGACAGGGGCGUAAGAUAUAUAUCUGCAACAAUGAAUGAGGCACGUAUGGGGUUCAUACCUCAAGGAACAAACAAGACCCCAAAUGAUGGUGUUGAGGAAGUAAACUGGGGAAAAUUGAAUUCUCAGAAAAAGUUAUACUACUCUUUGCGACUUGAGGAGUUAAUUUUCAAUAACUAUAACUUCCUACUUUACGAAUGUCAAGAUCAAUGGGCUGCUUCUCUUCUUUUACAGGAAGUAAUGAAGGCUGAACGCCAAACAGAAAAAAGAAGAAAGGAGAGAGCGGCUGGGCCAGUUCAGGACAAUAGUGCCAAUGACAGUAUCUCUGAAGAGGAGUCAAUUGUGGUCAUGACACUACCAAGGAGACCAACACGCAGCAGACGUACUUAG